AUGUGGUGGGCAAUAUGGUGCGCCGCAGUGGUGGCCGGAACCGCAGCCGCGCCAGCCGCCGACGCGCUAUCGCCCCUCGCGCUUGACCUGCCACAGAUCGAUUCCCUUACGCCUGACGACGAGAGCCUGAGCUACGCGGGGCCGGCAGGUCGCUACGCCGCGUCCGCGCCGCUGGUCUACCUACUGCCCGACAUGCCCCGCGACGCGCAGAGGGCGAUCGGCAGUGGUGAACGGCGCUCGCGGCCAAAGCGCAAGAUGCCGUCACUGUCAAUCAACAACCCGAUGGAAGUGUUGCGGCAGCGGCUCAUGCUGGAGGUGGCCCGCAAGCAGAUGCGCGAAGCUAGCCAGCGGCAGGCCGUGGCCAACCGACUCUUCCUGCAGAAUGUCGGCAAACGCGGAUUUUGGGCGAACUCUGGUUCGGCUCCCUACGACAACUAGAGUGUCCGGCGCCCGCGCUCCACCCUGUCGCCGCCGGGAGCCCUCCGUCUACGAUACAAGCUCUUUGAUAAGUACCCCCGUUACCUACUCUUCGCCGGCAGAUGGAUUUAAUUUAUAGAUUUAUUUUAUUA